CCUUAAACUUUUGUUAACACGUGUUUAUCCAUCUUCUUCCUUUGCUUUUAUCUCAUUCUUUCUUUCUCACAUAACACAACCCUCACCCUUAUAUAUCUUUUUCUCCAUUCAUUCUCUCUUUUUUCCUUCCCAAUCACUCUCUCAUCACAACGCCACCAUCAAACGCCUUAAAGGGUUUCAGGUUGAAAUAAGCGACUUGUUAUAGUGAAAAUGUCAUCUCCAAGCAAGAGACGAGAAAUGGAUGUAAUGAAAUUGAUGAUGAGUGAUUAUACAGUGGAGACAAUAAAUGAUGGACUCACUGAAUUCAAUGUGGAGUUUCAUGGUCCUAAAGAAAGCCUUUAUGAAGGUGGAGUCUGGAAAAUUCGUGUUGAACUACCUGAUGCAUAUCCAUACAAAUCCCCUUCAAUUGGCUUCGUGAACAAAAUAUACCACCCGAAUGUUGAUGAGUUAUCUGGCUCUGUAUGCUUGGACGUCAUUAACCAAUCAUGGAGUCCAAUGUUCGAUCUUCUAAAUGUCUUUGAAGUGUUUCUACCACAACUCUUGCUUUAUCCAAAUGCUUCAGAUCCUUUGAAUGGCGAUGCAGCGUCGUUAAUGAUGAAGGAUAGAAAGCUGUAUGACCAAAAAGUUAAAGAAUAUUGUGAGCGGUAUGCAAAGAAGGAAAACAUUUGCAACAAUGGUACUGGUGAUGAUGAAGAGAGUGAUGAUGAAGACAUAAGUGAAGCAGAAACUCAAUCAAGUGAUGAUGAAAUUCCUGGUCGUGCUGAUCUUUAAGUUGUUACAUACCUUUUUAAGGGUCCAUGUAUUACUACACAUAUUUACUUGUUCAGAAAUAAUUAUGAGAUAAGAUGUAGGUUUAUUAUAUGUACUAUUUUUUGUGCCCUUAAAAUAACAAUUAUUAUUCCUCUGUAUAAUUUCUUACCAAAGUUAUACUAUAAUAUGUCAUUAGGGGGCUUUAAACUUUUAAAUGUAAUUUGUAUAUUAAUAAUAUUUCACAUUUUAUCUU